AUUUUUUUUUCUAAAUUAAUGAAAAAAUUUUCAAAAUAAAUGAAUUGCAUAAGAAAAAAAAAUCGGGUUUUAUAUCGGCAAAAAUUUCGUUAAUUAAAGAAAAGAUUAAUGAUUAUUUAUGCAUAUUGCAUUCAAAUGAGUAUACACGCACGCACACAUCACAUAAAAUCAACCAACUAUACCAUACCUCAUAUGCAUAAAAUAUUAAUUGAUUAUGAUUAAUUAAUAAAAAAAAAAAAAACAAAAAAUUUAAAUAAAUGAUUUGAUAUGAGUCGAAAGUGAAUUUUAACAAACGAUAAAGUGACUUGAAAAGAGAACACCAACCCAAAACAAAAAAAAAAAAAAAAAGAAACAUACGUGCCACGUGAAUUUUCUUUUUUGGUUGCCUUUUUUACUUCUCGUAUAAGUCAAAAUGAAUUACCAAACUCAUUUACUUAAUAAGGGAUUAAUAGAUGUUAAAAUUUGUGAUUAAUAAUGUAAAUUAAAUGUUCAUCACUUAUCACCUUCAUUUCACAGUAUAUAAAGAAGCAAAAACGACAUCAUUUAAAUUUAAACAGUUUCGUCGUUUUUUUUUUUUCAAAAAAAAAAACUCGAUAAAUCAUUCCCAAUCCAAAAAAGGAAAAGGGCAAGUUAAAAAAAAAAUAUCACGAAGAGAUAAAAAAAAAAUUAUAAAACAACGAUAUUCGAAAUGCUUUCAACAUUGCAAUAAAAAUGAUGUGAAUUGCCGUUUGAAUGAAGCUAUUAAGCCUAUUUUGUUUUAUUACUAUUGUGAUUUCCAAUGCGUGUUGCUCAGGAGGUGAAGAUUAUGUAAUAAUAGCAUAUUGCGCUUACAAUAAAGCAAUUCAUAUUGACCAACACGGAAGAGUGAAUGCUACACUCAAACCAAUGAUACAGAACAUUACAAUGGCCUCCAGCUUCGAUCCAAUAAAAUUAGGACAAUUUAAUUUAACACUAUAUUCAAAGGAAUCGCAAAGAUAUUUAUGUUUUAAUAAAAAAUGGAAACUAGUGGGAAUGAAAUUCGAAACUGAUAGAUGUCAUUUUACUGAAGAAUAUGAAGGUGGCUAUUCAGUUUUUCGAUCAGCUGUUGAUCGCGAUUAUACAAUAGGAUUCUUCCGUGGCCAUAAAGAUAAACCAAGUCGUCCUAUACCAGGGCAUUUAAAUGGUGACAGACAUUUAAAAAAUCAAAUUGGAACUAAUCAUCGUGAUCAAUGUAAUCUUUUUCAAAGAAUUAAACCAAAUACAUUGUCUCAAUUAAUUGAUCCUUCUGAGCAUAUACGACAUCGGCAUCAUAAACAAUUACAAAAUCAGCAACGAAGAAAAUCAAAUCAUCGUACAACAAUAUUACAAGAUUUUUCGAAUUUGAAUCAAAAUAAUAUAAUUAAUAAUAGCACUAACAAUAAUCAUAAUAAUAAUAAGAGUAAUAACAAUAAUCAAAUAUCAGAAACCAAAUUAAUUAAUAAUGUAAAUGGUGACAUAAAAAAGAAAAAUUCAAAAAAAGAGAAUUUAUUUCUUCGGCAUAAUCAUCGUCAUCAUAAUAAUAAUAAUCAUCGUAAUCAUCAUCGCCAUCAUCAUUCUAAUAAAAAUUUGCAAAAUUUACAAACACAAUCUGAUGAGCCUUAUGUAAAGGAAAAUAUUCCUCAGCAUCAUCUGCAUCAUCAUCAUCAUCAACAUCAACAUCAUCAUCACCAACACAAUAAUAAUCAUCAACAACAGCAACAAAAAGAACAACAACAUAAUAAAAAUAGAAAAAUCCAAUCAUCAAUCGAAUCAUUUAACAAUGAUGAUGAAUAUAAUAAUGAUAAUAAUGAUAAUAAUAUGUCAUCAUCAUCAUCAUCAUCAAUUAAUACACAUAGAGCAGGUGUUUCAAGUUCCAUUUUAAAUGAAUCAAAAUUGAAUAUUAAUAAGAAUAUUGAUGAUAAAAAUAAUUCUAAUUAUCGCAUCGAAAACAACAAUAAAAAAAAUACCAACAAUAAUAAUAAUAAAAAUAACAGCAACACAAACAACAAUAAUAAAAAUUUUAGUAUUGGAGGCAAAAAAUCAAUUAACAAUAGUAAUAGUAAUUAUGAUAGUAAUAAUAAUAGCAAUAGUAAUAGAAAUAAUAAUAAUCAUAGCACUAAAAUGAAUAAUAAUAGUCGUAAUAAUAAUAGUCCUAGCAGUAAUUCAAAUAGCAAUAUAAAUAUUAAUAAUGAUAAUAAAAGAUGCUUUGAAUGUAAUUAUAGUCAUACUACUACUGAUACUAGAAAUAAUUUUAAUAAUAAUAAUAAUAAUAAUGAUAAUAUUAAUAAUAAUGACAAUAUUAAUAAAAAAAUUGUCAGCCAAAAAAAUGAUGGUAAGCGAAGUAUUAUAAGUAAUAAUAAUGAUAAUAAUAAUAAUAAUAAUAAUGAUAGUAACAUUAAUUCUAAUUAUUUAUUUAAAAAAUUGUUAUUUACACCUAUACAUAAAAAUAAUCAUAAUAAUAAUAGUAAUAAUAACAAUUAUUCUAACAAUAAUAAUAAUAAUAAUAAUGACAAUAAAAAUAAUAAUGAAAAUUUUUUGACAUAUGAUGCAAAUAUACAAAAUACACAAAAUCAAAAAAAAAUAAUUAAUAAUAAAGAAAUUAUUGAAGAUGAUAUUAAAUUAACAAGUAAUGUAAAAAAAAAUUCAAAUUCUCGUAAAAUGAUUGUAUAUAAUAGACGUUAUAAAAAUACUGACACAACAAAAAUAGAUUUUGAUAAAUUAAAUAAAAGAAGGUUUAUUCAAACCAAAAUUAACAGAUAUAAAGUCGUGUUUUAA